GUUAGAGGGGUGUUUCACACAAUUUUACACACACAUGCAAAUUGAAUUUGCAAUUAGGUUUUCAUCACUCUGUUAAUUUCUUCAUAAAUUUUCAUUCUUUUAAUCCAUUUAUACGCAAUCAGAACGUGGAAGUUACUAAAAACUCUCUUUUGCUGCAUUGAGGGCAUAAAUAUUUUAUUGAAUGAAACAAAUGGAAUUGGAUGCCAUAGAGGAUAGUCCUCUUCGGCACAAACCUAAAAAGGACAAUGCACUUGAGUCUCCUGAAAGUCUUAGAAGUAAAAAGAUAUCAGCUAGAUGGGAUCCAUCUGAAGCAUGUCGGCCUAUAAUUGAUGAAGCACCUGUUUUUCAUCCAACUAUUGAAGAGUUUGAAGAUACACUGAGUUACAUAGCGAAGAUACGCCCCCUAGCCGAACCUUAUGGCAUAUGUAGGAUUGUCCCUCCAGCUUGUUGGGUUCCACCUUGCCUUCUUAAGGAGAAAGAUAUUUGGGAAAACGCUGAAUUUUCCACCCGUAUCCAGCAAAUUGAUUUACUUCAAAAUAGAGAACCUAUGAAGAAAAAAAGUCGGGGAAGAAAGCGAAAACGUAGAAGGAACUCCAAAUCAGGAACAUGUAGGAGAGCUUCCAAAUCAGCUUCUGAAGCUAAUAAUGCAUCUGAAGCUGAUGAGAAAUACGGAUUUCAAGCAGGGUCCGACUUCACGUUUAAAGACUUUCAGCAAUAUGCUAGCCACUUUAAGGAAUGCUACUUUGGGUUGAAAGAUGCAAAUGAAGAUGGAAAGGUCAAUGAUAGUAACCACCAAAACCGAAGGGAGCCCUCCGAGGAGGAAAUUGAAGGUGAAUACUGGCGGAUAGUUGAGCAGCCAACGGAUGAAGUUGAGGUGUACUAUGGAGCGGACUUGGAAACUGGAGUAUUUGGAAGUGGUUUUUCUAAGGCAUCAUCCAUACCUAAGGGUUAUCCGGAUCAGUAUGCAAUUUCUGGUUGGAAUCUAAAUAACUUCCCGCGACUACCGGGUUCUGUACUAAGUUUUGAAGGAAGUGACAUCUCAGGAGUACUAGUUCCAUGGCUGUAUGUUGGCAUGUGCUUUUCAUCAUUUUGUUGGCAUGUUGAGGAUCAUCACCUCUAUUCGCUUAAUUAUCUACACUUUGGUGACUCAAAGAUAUGGUAUGGAGUACCUGGAAGCCAUGCUUCUGCUUUAGAAAAUGCAAUGAAGAAGCACUUGCCUGAUUUGUUCGAGGAAGUACCAAAUCUACUCAAUGAUCUGGUUACUCAGUUAUCUCCAUCAAUUCUUAAAGAUGAGGGAGUUCCCGUAUAUCGCACUGUUCAGAACUCUGGGGAAUUUGUCAUUACUUUUCCGAGGGGGUACCACUCUGGGUUCAAUUGUGGGUUCAACUGUGCAGAAGCAGUGAAUGUAGCUCCUGUCGAUUGGUUAACGCAUGGCCUAAAUGCCGUUGAACUUUACAGUUUACAACGCCGUAAGACAUCAUUGUCACAUGACAAGCUUUUAUUUGGAUCAUCGCUGGAAGCUAUACGAGCCCUUGCAGAGCUAACUCUUCAUGGAAAGGAAAGUUCAAAAAAUUUGAAAUGGAGAAGCUACUGUGGGAAAGAUGGUGUUCUUACUAUGGCAUUUAAGGCAAGGAUAAAGAUGGAAGAAGAGAGGCUAAACUGUCUUCCAACUCAUUUUAAGUCACUGAAGAUGGGCAACGACUUUGACUUGCAUACAGAAAGAGAAUGCUUUUCUUGCUUCUAUGACUUGUAUCUAUCUGCUGUAGGUUGUGAGUGCUCUCCUGAUAAAUAUUCUUGCCUUACGCAUGCUAGUUCGUUCUGCAUGUGCGAAAUGGACCAAAGAUUUGUUCUGCUUCGGUAUAAUAUGAAUGAGCUAAACAAAUUGCUUGAAGCACUAGAAGGAGAUUCACUUGCUCUUAAGUUAUGGGAAAGUAAAAACUUCGGAAUGGUUUCUGCCGAGGCCAAUGAGGUUUGCAUGAAUAAACCAGAGGUGGAUGGAGACAAUGGUCAUGAAGAAACUGGCUGUGCGGGAACCAGGGAUAGGUCAAAUAGUCACGCAACAUCAGAGCCAAUGCAGUGCGAAUCUCACCUUGUAACCCUUAGUGCGCCGAAUGAAAGUAUAGAUAGUGACAAUGACAAUAUGAUCGUCGUAGACAAAGAUAAGGUCGAUAUUGCAGAUAGCCAUAACAAGGGUGAUUCAGUAGAGGAAAAAGCAUGUUGUUCAAAGAUAAAAAAGGAACAAGACAACAUGGAAAUUGUUGUUGAUCUAUCACCUUCAUCUUCUGUUGUGAAGACAGAAGUUUCAUCAUGCUCUAGGAAUGUUCACAAUCCUUGUACAUCUGACAGUGGAAAAUAUGAGGGGCAACAGCAAAUGGAUUCAGAUUCAAGAAAGAAACCCAAAAUUGUAGUUGAAAAAGUCAUUGACACCACGAGCGCGAGUAUAUCUCUGACACAGGAAAGCUUUCUAAUGCAAAUUUUGAGUACUUCUGUCAAGCCUAUAAGUUUGGGAUCUGUUGUUCAUGGAAAGCUAUGGUGCAAUAAGCAUGCAAUAUAUCCAAAAGGAUUCAAGAGCCGAGUUAAUUUCUUUAGCAUCAUCGAUCCAACAAGAAUCUGUAGCUAUGUUUCUGAAGUAAUCAAUGCUGGACUUCUAGGACCUCUUUUCAAGGUUACAAUGGAGGAAUGUCCAAGUGUCACUUUCACGGAAACCUCGGCAGAUAAGUGUUGGGAAUCAGUUCUUAAGAGACUACAUGACAAAAUCACGGAGCAAAGGAGUCUAGGUGAACUUGAACUUCCUUCCUUAGAGCUUCUGAAAAGCAUCAACGGUUUUAGAAUGUUCGGCUUCCCUUUACCGUCCAUUGUUCAGGCCAUUGAAGCUCAAGAUCCCGGUCAUCAGUGUGCAGAGUAUUGGAAUCACAAAGGUUUCCCUACAUCUCCAGGAAGUGUCAUCGAUAACUGUAAAGUCCUAUGUUGUUCAAGUAGCCCUACCAAAGUUUUUGGUAUUAAUUUGACUGAUCAGGCGAAAGACAAUAUAGGAGGAAGUUCUUCUUCUCUUGAAGAGAUGAAAUCAAUACUACAAAAGGCAAGUCCCGAAGAGUUAAGCUCAUUGCGCAAGUUUCUCAUCUCUGACGCACAAUGUUCUGAGUGGAGAAUUACAUUAACAUCAUUGAUCGAUGAGAUUCAGAAAGCUUUGUAGAUAGGACAAGAAUAAGAUCUCAAUUCUUUCCGACUUUGGAUAGUCAUUUUAAUUUAGUCAUAAGUUAGGCUCAUUCUUUUAGCGAUAAAUUUAACUGAAGAAAUUUCUGGGUGAAGCCUAGAUGAAAUUUUGGUACUUGCCCUCAAUCAUCAUUGACCUAAUUACAGAUGCAUUUUGCAAUUGACCCUUUUGAAUUUUGUUUUGGAAUUCGCCUUUCAAGGUUAAGGCUUUAGCUUUUGCUCGAAUCAUAGGUUUUACAUUUUAUUUAUUCUCUCUAAGUUAUGUAUAUACACAGAUAAACAAAUGCAGCUGUUGCAAUAAAUGAUAAAAUGCAGGGAAACUACACACGGCGAAUGCACAUUCUGCCAUUCUCCUGCGCAGAA